ACAUCCCCUACUCAGCAAAUUGGAAAAGAAUGGCGCCUCAUUCUGGAGGAAUAUAGGCUAGGACAUCCAGAUGUCACAGUUCUUGAUCCUCCAGAUGCAAUACUACAUCUCCGUAAUCGUCAGUCAAUGCUUCAGUGUGUUGCGGACAUGAAUCUGUCUGAUAGUUAUGGACGAGUUGGUGUCCCCAAACAACUGGUAAUUAAAAGGGAUGCAUCCUCGAUCCCCGAGGCUGUCAAUAAAGCUGGGCUGGGACUACCUUUUGUUGCGAAGCCUUUGGUUGCUGAUGGAAGUGCAAAGUCACAUGAGCUUUCAUUGGCUUAUGAUCAGCACUCCCUUCUGAAGCUCGAGCCUCCUCUUGUUCUUCAGGAGUUUGUUAACCAUGGAGGUGUUCUUUUCAAGGUUUACAUUGUUGGGGAAGCUAUUAGAGUGGUCCGGCGUUUCUCCCUACCUGAUGUCUCCAGACGAGAACUCUCCAAAGCAGCUGGUGUAUUCCAUUUCCCCCGGGUCACUUGUGCUGCAGCUUCUGCUGAUGAUGCAGAUUUGGACCCAAACAUCGCUGAGCUUCCGCCNUCCUCCAGAUGCAAUACUACAUCUCCGUAA